GAAAAUUUUAAUUAAAAAAGUAUUUUACAUAGUACAAAUGGGUCGGGUUAUUCUUGUGGACCUUUUCUUCAUUUUAAGCUUUCUCUCUUACAAAUAGUGCCGCACCUAAUUUCAACAUUACAGUUAACCUAAUUCCUUACUUCCGUUACUAUGAGUUCCGUCCAAAUUCUUUCCACCACAAUAAUUCAAGCACCAAAUCACAAUCUCAAUCUCUCAAAUCAUCAUACAAUCGAUCUAACCCCAUGGGAUCUUCAAUAUCUCCCAUUUGGAUACAAUCAAAUCGGUCUUAUUUAUCAACACAAUUCUGAAUUAGAUACAGAAAAUCAAAUCCAGCAUCUUAAACAAUCUCUUUCCUCUACCCUUGAAUUUUUUCCACCUUUCACAGGUCGUCUCGAUAUCACGGAACACGAAGAUAACACUAUCUCUUGUUCCAUCAAAUGCAACAACGAAGGUGCACUCUUUGUUCACGCCGCAAAUAAAAAUAUUAGUGUAAGAGACAUUCUUGGACCAACUUAUCUUCCAGAUAUUUUUUAUUCAUUUUUUCAGCUUAACGGAGUUAAGAAUUACCAAGGGACGUCACAUCCAUUACUGGCGAUCCAAGUAACUGAGUUAACCGAUGGCAUCGUUAUUGGCUGUGCAAUCAGUCAUGUGGUAGUUGAUGGUACUUCUCUUUGGCAUUUCAUCAAUUCAUGGGCCAAAAUAUCAAAGGGUAAUUUCGAAAUUUCCAAAAUUCCAUCGUUGGAACGAUGGUUUUCGAAUGAUAUUCAACGUCCAAUCCGAUUUCAUUUCCCAAUAGAACCACAUAAUAGGCUCUCUAAUAAUCAAAAUGAUGAAGAGGAAAAACUCAAGGCACCGAUGUCGGAGAGAUUAUUUCAUUUGUCUAAAGAGAAUAUUGCAAAACUAAAAUCCAAAGCCAAUUUAGAGGCUGGUACAAAAAACAUAUCGUCUCUGCAAGCCGUUUUCACUCACGUUUGGCGCUGUAUUAUACGUUCCAAGAACCUUGAUCCGCAAGAAAAAUUGAAUUUCGUGAUAGAUAUAGGCGUUAGACCAAGGUUUAUUCCUCCGUUACCAGAGGAAUAUUUUGGUAAUGCUGUGAUGGAGUGUGUGGUUACUGUGAAAGUCGGUGAAUUAUUGGAAGAUGGUGGACUUGGUAAAUGUGCUUUGAAGAUGAACAAGAUAAUUGCUCUGCACUCUGAUGAGAAGUUAAAGAAUCAUUAUGAAGAUUGGUUAAUUGCACCGAGUUUUGUUUUUAACGACGGUGAUGUGGGAAAUAGUAAUUCAUUGGCGAUUGGUAGUUCGCCUUGGUUUGAUGUUUAUGGUAAUGAUUUUGGUUGGGGAAAACCUGUGGCGGUAAGAAAUGGGGGUGCAAAUAAAAAAAAUGGAAAGAUUUAUGUUUCUGCUGGUAUUGAAGAAGGUAGUAUAAACCUUGAAGUAUGUCUUGAUUAUGAAAUUUUGGAGGCAAUUGGAAAUGAUUAUGAGUUUAUGGAUGAUGUGUGUAGCUAAGCUAAUUAUGUGGUCCAUGCAUUGUUUAUCUUAUUAUCUUAUCUUAUCAAACUUUUGAUUCAUUGGAUUGUAUUCUUCAAAAGUUUUAGACUCUUCUCUGUUAUUGUUUUCUUCAACGAAGAAAUAAUUUAUUUUCUACCGAUGAUUUUAAUAGGAGUUUAUGAAAAAGAUCUAUAAUUUAUUUAUAUAUGAAUGUUUAACGCAAGAUUCUUAAAAAGUUUCAACACAUUUAAUUUAAUGUA